GAAGGCUUGAAAGCUUUGGCAGAUUCUGCCACAUCAUCACGCCGCAUCUUGACCUUGACCAACGCACUUACUGACGAGUCUUCCAACGCAUCUAUUAACGAUGCCACCAGCAGCUCACCUACGGAUGAUACGAACAAUCCGCUUGUUGAUGAUACUAUUCAACAUGCUGACGAUACCAUCGAUGACAAUGACGGCUUUCUUUUCCCUGGUGCUGAUGACAUCUUUAGUGCUGAUAAUCGAGACUUCCAACUGCACAGACUGACGUACAAAAAGGUA